AUGGCUUCAAUACCCCCAUCUUCCGCGAGCCCCAUUCUCGCCAUCAUCGCCCUGCCCUCCCACGUCCAGAACCGCAUUUCGACCAAUUUACCUCUGUUCUCGGCCCAUCUUACCGCGGCGUACCAAUUUUCUCUUUUCGCGAAAUAUAGCCCAGGGACACCGACGUAUCAUAUAUCAGGAAAUGCAGAUAGACGCAGUGAAGGCGGCAUUGUAGAAAAUGGGCUGCAGUAUUCGCAGCUGUCGAGUAAUGUAAUAUGGUCGAUGGUCUCGAGGUCGAGUACUGAGGCAAGGAGGAGUUCCAAGGCUGUGUGGAAGUCGACCUGUUGCUGGCGAUUGAGAUCAUCGAGGGAUGACUCCCGAGUAUUGGCUACCGUUCAGCAGGUACUGUACGGCCUGCUCCCUUCAUCAGACGUAGGAUUCCAUUUCCGGAUUGGCGACAGCAAAUGCCAUUUCCUAAUGAAAAUGCAAUGUACCAGCAUGACGAGCGUUCCCGCGAAGGCAACGGCUUCAACGAAGAUAAUAGCCGGUAUCACUGUGUACAUGCUUGAAAUGUAG